AUGGCAGCUGCUACAGCUAGAGCAGCUUUUGGAGUCCAACAUAUCGCCAAGGGAAUCGGCCGCCUGUCAAAUAUCGUUCUAAAGCGAGGCGCUGGAAGUUUCGUCUGGACCGAUGAGGGUCGUAAAUUACUCGACUUUACGGCGGGGAUUGGUGUCACCAAUUUAGGUCACUGUCAUCCCAAGGUUACGGCGGCAGCUCAAGCUCAAAUUGGAACUCUGGUCCACGGCCAAGUCAAUAUCGCAAUGCACGAACCAAUGCUCUCCCUCAUCGAAAAGCUAAAACCUGUCAUGCCAGACCCUUCCCUCGAUACCUUUUUCUUCUGGAACUCCGGCGCCGAAGCAGUCGAAGCGGCAAUUAAACUUGCUCGUAUGGCGACAAAACGUCAGAAUGUGAUUGUGAUGCAGGGCUCCUACCAUGGUCGUACGUUCGGUACAAUGGGAUUGACGAAGAGUAAAACGGUGUACAGCUCCGGAUUUGCACCUUUCAUGCCGGGUGUUUUAACAUCACCGUUUCCAUAUUGUACGCAAUGUGCUGUUGCAUGUGGGAAUGAUACACUGGGUUUUGAGAAUUGCUGUAAUAACCCGAUACACGAGUUGAAAGUAUUGUUGAAGCAGCAAUCUGCAGCCUCAGAUACAGCAGCAAUACUUAUCGAACCGGUAUUAGGUGAAGGAGGGUAUGUGGUUCCUCCACCCGGGUUCUUACCAGCAGUUCGAAAGCUUUGUGACGAGCAUGGGAUACUUUUGAUUUUGGAUGAGGUUCAAAGUGGGUUUGGAAGGACAGGGAAAUACUUUGCGGCUGAACAUUGGGGAGUCAGACCGGAUAUUUUGGUUAUGGCGAAGGGGAUUGCAAAUGGUAUGCCGCUUAGUGGUAUCGCGGCAAACAAGGAGUUGAUGGAUAAGCAAAAUCCGGGAAGUAUGGGUGGCACUUACGGUGGGAAUGCGGUCGCUUGCGCAGCGGGUGUAGCUUGUGCGGAGGUUAUGCAGGAAGAGAAAGUGCUUGAGAAUGUUGCCGCCAGAUCGAAACAAUUACUUGACACUCUGAACGCCCUUAAGACAUCUCCAAAGACAGGACAUCUGAUCAAAGACGUUCGCGGUCUUGGACUUAUGAUCGGUCUAGAAUUUAACUCCCCAUCAUUCCCAACCUUGACACCAAAGGAUGUUGCAGCAGGGAUCUCAAGCAAAGUUCAAGCGAAAUGCUUACAGAAUGACAUGCUGACGCUAACUACCAGCAUCUACGAAACCAUCAGGUUCAUCCCUCCACUAACGAUCAGCGAGGAAGAAAUGAGACAGGGCUGCGAAAUCUUUACUAAGGCCGUCGAGGACGUCGCAAACGAGUCUUGA